UGAUUUGAGUGGGAUUUCCCCAUAACCCCCUCCAAAACAUAAAGUAUUACAUAAGGAUACCUCCUUCCCAAUUCAUCAAAGAAAGAGAUACCUCUCUUAAAAAAUUUAGUCCCUCAUCCUUCCAUCACUCCACAGUUGGCCAUGGCAAACCCAUUUCCGGAUCCCGGUCAACUGGCAGGAGUCCCGUCGAAUUCUGGACAACUUGCCGGAAGCUCAAUCAAUUCUGGCCAAUUCGCAGCAAACCCGAUCGAUUCCAUCCAUGAUGGCCUUGAAUUUUGGCAAUUCAUGAUAGCUGGAUCGGUCGCGGGCAUCGCUGAGCACAUUGCCAUGUUCCCUGUGGACACCCUCAAGACUCGCAUGCAGGUGGUGAGUGCGGGAACAGGAGCAGCGACCAUGGCGCGUGCACUUCAGUCUGCGGUCCGUCAGGAGGGUGCACUUGUGCUGUGGCGUGGGGUGGGUGCGGUUGGCCUCGGCGCCGGACCCGCACACGCUAUCUACUUUGCCGUCUACGAGCGGUGCAAGGCAGCAUUAGGCGCAGAACACACGUUGUCACACGCUGCAGCCGGGGCGGCAGCUACGGUGGCGAGCGAGGCGGUGUCCACACCAAUGGACGUGGUUAAGCAGCGCCUACAGCUGAGCGGGGGCGGGUUAAGGGAGUGUAUCAAAAGAGUUUUGAGAGAUGAAGGAUUCAGGGGUUUUUAUGCAUCCUAUCGGACCACUGUAGUGAUGAACGCGCCUUUCACGGCGGUGCAUUUUGCAGCGUAUGAGGCAGUGAAGGGAGCGGUGGUUGGAGAAGAAGAAGAAGGGUUAACGGUGCAUAUGACAGCAGGAGCAGCAGCAGGCGCAUUGGCGGGGGCCAUAACGACACCGCUCGACGUGGUCAAGACACGACUGCAGUGUCAGGGGGUUUGUGGGUGUGAUAGAUACAGUAGCAGUUCAAUAGGGAAUGUGAUCCAAGUGAUUGUGAGGAAAGAGGGAGCAGCUGGGCUCAUUAGGGGCUGGAGGCCAAGAAUGUUGUUUCAUGCACCAGCUGCUGCUAUAUGCUGGUCCACUUAUGAGGCUUGCAAAGCCUUCUUUCACCAACUGAAUACCACCAAGGCCAUAUUCUCCUAAAUUAUCUCUACGCUUGAACUUUCUUUAUGCACAAGCAUAAUGGACUGGUUGAUUUGUGGUACCUGACUUUGUAUGUAUAUUGCAUAUUUAAGUGUAUAAUGUGAAAGCCCUGUGUAAUAAAUA